GAGCUCCUGGCUCAGCCCUGCUGGGGGGCGCAGCCACAGGCCUCUCUGUCACCAGCACUCCAACAUCCUGGCUCUGAGGCGGCAGGGUCUCCUGGUUCUGGAAGGAGGCCUCUCUCAUCGUCCUUCUCUUAGUCUCUUUCUUUUUCUCUCCUUCUUUCUCUCUCUUACUUUCUUCCUCUCCAUCCUUCUGUCACCUUCUCCUUUUUACUCAACUAUUCCUUCGAAUUCUCUCUCUCUCUCUCUCUCCUUCUCUUUCUCUCUCUCCUUCUCUCUGUCUCUCUCUCUCUCUCUCUGCUUGCUGUGAUGCUGAUCACGGAGCUAAACAGGGAGUGCCUGCUCCAUCUUUUCUCCUUCCUGGACAAAGAUGGGCGGCGCAGCCUGUCGCUCACGUGCCGGGGGCUCCGGGAAGUGUUCCUGGACCCCGCCCUCUGGCCGCUGCUCCGCUUCCACGCCCCCUGCGAGCUCCAGAGGAACAACUACGUCCUGGGGCCCGCCCUGCGCCACCUGUCCGUGUGCUGGCACUCCAGCCGGGUCAAAGUGUGCAACAUCGAGGACUGGGCCAAGACGCCCUUCCAGAAGGACAUCUGCAGAAAGCACGAGGGCGUGGUCAGCGCUUUCCUGGCACGCGUGUGUAAGAGGUGCCCCAACCUGCUGUCCCUGACCCUGUCCGGCUGCGGCCACAUCGAGGACCAGGACGUGGUGCUGGUCCUGCAGAGCUGCAGGCGACUGCGCAGCCUGCGGCUGGAGAACUGCGUGCGGAUCACCGACUCCCUCCUGCACGCCGUGGUCGCCCAUGGAGACAGCCUGGCCGCCGUGCAGGUCGAUUUCUGCCGAAACGUGACCCAGUCCGGCCUGCAGGUGGUGAGGGCCGGGCGGCCGGGCGUCCGGCUGAGCGCCGAAAGGAGCGCGGGCAUGAUCCCCGACGGCAGGCCGCAGGAGAAGCCGCAGCCGCUGCGCAGGGCUCUGCAGAAGGUCCUGCUUUUCUCCUGAAACCACACGGCCAACAGAGCACAGCCAACAGCGCACAGCCGGCACAGUCUCUGGCCUGGAGACGGGGUGGUACCAGAAAUGAGAACAGGACAGGAAAAGCAAAGGCCGGGACACAGAUUCAGUUGGAUUGACUGAGACCCAAUAGACCAGGGCCCUGUUUCACAAAGCAGGAUUACUGAAUUAUCUGGAUGACUGCACUGGAUAACUGCACUGAGCAGUUAUCCCAGAACCCUCCUAAAUCUGGAACAUGGACUGAAGCAAAAAGAGCUGCUCCGGGUUCUACUCAGUGCAGUUAUCCAGCUAACUCAGUAAUCCUACUUUGUGAAAUACCCCGCAACUUCAGUCAAUUUGUCAAUCCUUGUUUUGGUUGCACAACAUUUACAAACAAGUGAUCACACAGUCCUGUACAGUUGGUCUGCUGACUACAGUGCUUUUAUGCCAUAGUUUAUGGUUCAAAACCCUUCAACGGAGACGUGGGGUUCAUUUGAAUAUAAUGUUUAAAAGGUUUUCCCCCUAGAACCUUCACACUAAAUUCCUGAAGAUCUUUUUAGGAAGAACAUUCAUAGGUGGAAAGAAUGAAGAGGACUGCUUUUAUGAUAAAGCCCUUUCCUUUUCCUGACUUCCCAUUCCCACGUAUUUUGAAAUUCAAAUGCAUUUAUGCAUUUUCAAUUUUCCACUGUUUUUUUUAAAGCAUUUUUUACCACGUUUUGUGUUUGUAUGAAUUUUAUAUAUUCACUUUGUUCGUUUUUGCAAGUGAUACAAAAGCAUUAACAAAGAAAAAACCUCCCAAUAAAUAAAUAAAGUUAA